AUGGACGGAAGGCACGUUGCCACCAUGCUCGUCGCAGAGGGGCACCUCGCUGGAGCUGAGCAGUACACCGAGGAGCUCGCCAGGGACAUCCUCACGGCCGGGUCCGACGAGGCCAAGAAGAGGGCCUACAGGGAGUUAGAGGAGGCCAUCAAGGAGAGUCAGAAGCACACAGCCGAGGAGACGAAGGCUGCGAAGACUAAGGCAGAGGCAGAUCUGCCUCCCGAAGGGAUUGGCUUGGGCGGAUGGGUGGGCAUCUUCAUGCUGGUCGGCAUUUUAACGUGGGCUGUCUUCCUCGCCCCGGCAAAGAAAAAAAAGGUCAACUUGAACCGCAAGCGCGGUCUCUUCGAGAAAAUGUGGUUAAAGCUGAAGGGUGCUUGA